GAGCAGCCUGUGUGUGGGAGGAGGCUGGAGUAUAAAGCAGGGAGCCGGCACCUGGAAUCACAAGCAAAGAUCUCCAGACAGAGAAGGGUCCUACAGCUACAGAGAAAGGUCCUACAACUACAGAGGAAGAUCGCUGGAUUAAACCUUUGCUGCUUCUCCUGGUCCUGGUCCUUCUGCAUCAGCCAAGUGCACCCAGCUCUUCAGCCUCCCUUGCUCCUGUCUCUGCUCCUCUUCCUCGCUCAGCAUGUCUGUCUCUCAGGCUGAGGAUCAGCUGUGCAGCUACGAGGAGGCCAUUCGCCAGAGUGUCUACCUGGAGGAAGACUUCUCCCAGGCUUCCUCGUCCAAAGGUCCUCUAAGGAGGCUGAGGCACAGCCGGCUCAGGACCCAGCCUCUGUCCUUCGAGGAGAUCCGAGAGGUGGAAGAGGAAGGGGUCUCCCCCAGUGAGGAGGAGAAGGCAAAGAAAUCCUUCCAGCAAUCUCUGGAAUCCCUCCGGAGAAACUCCUAUCACAUGUACCUGCGGAGAGAGAAGCUGGUGGGCUCCAGACACAGCCUGGACUCUGUGCUAUGACUGUAACAGUGGUCUCUUACUAACCCCAGCGGCUUCCCAAGGUGUCCUGUGCCACCCACCAUGCCCAGGAACUUUACAGAUGGGAGUACCACCUACCCUGGGUGCCCGCUCCUUGUCCUGCAACUCUGAGAGAGGGACACUCCCCAACUAAAGGGCUGUCUAAAUGCAUCACCAGGUCCUUCAGAGCCAUUAAAUGUGUUGCACUCAAUGCCGUGUAUUUUUAUACCGUGAUCUAUGCACUAUGUGAAUAAGCUGCUUUCCCGAACCAUGUGAGUGUGUGUAUAGGUACCCGUUACUGAUGUAGGAUACAGUAUGCUGUGCCGGCACACACUUCAGAUCGCUUUGUAUUGAUUAGCCAAUAAAUUGAUUUGUUUUUACUUUUUAA